AUGCAGGAGACGCGAGCAUAUGCAGCACCCACAGAUAACAAAAAGUCGCGAAUUGAAAAUAGAAAAGUCUCAAAGGACGCCCUAGAACUGAAGACUCUCCCCCCGCAGGAAAGGAUGACUAGUGACAUAAACAAGUCCAUCGCCCUUAGAAAUAUCCUCGUCCUGUGCACCUCCGAGAAAGUGAAUAUCACGAAGCUAUUUGCUUUUCUGAAGGAAAAAGAGUCUUACGACGUAAACAUAUACUUCAGAGAGUGCAUCCACAUAAUCCCGGACAAGGACUCAGAUAUCUUUGUAUUUAGAUACGGAGUCUGCGUCUUUUGGGGAGUCUCUGAGCCCGUGAGAGACUCCAUUCUCGCACAGCAGAAGUUCUUCGAGGAAAAUUCCUACGGGAAGGAGCGCGUUGAAAGGGAGGACUUUCGGUAUGGGAUUGUCAAGGAAGGUUCUUCUAUCGUGAACGAUGUGAUCUAUCUGGACAAUGAGUCGCUGUACAAUAAAAUGAUCAUUUCAAAUGCACUCGCUCAAAGCAUAAAACUAGACGUAUUCGAGGGAUACGCAGAGAGAACGAUCGAAAGCAUCCGGGAAAUUCCGAAUGAAAUUUUCAGGCGGGGACGCACGAAUAGGAGCCAGGCCGAGAUAAUGAAGCUCACAGGACUCCUUCACAAGCUGAAAUUUAGCCUGAAUUUAUCGACUAAUAUUCUGGAUACGCCAGAGAUCCUGUGGUACUAUCCGAACUAUACGUCCUUGUACGAGAGCUUCAAGCUCUACUUGGAGCUGAAAAGUCGCACGGAAAUCAUCAACCAAAAGUGCGAUGUCAUGCAGGAAGUGCUUACGCUCUCCUUUGGGUACAUAAAUGCACGGAGUGCAGAUGUCUUGGAGAAAGUCAUCAUUCUUUUGCUCGUUGUGGAGAUAGGGAUUGGCCUGUUUUCUCUCCUCAUGAAGUAG